AUGGCAUCCCUAAAACAUGUCAGCUGUCCCAGUGGGAAUAAGCUGGGAGACUGUCCAGCAUUCAUAUAUGGAGACCCAAGUAAAACGCCCAAAGCUCUCAUUGUUUUACAGGAAUGGUGGGGCGUCAACCAGCAGAUCCAGGACUGUGCCAAAGAUAUUGCCGAUAAAACCAAAUUGGUGACACUGAUACCUGACCUGUACCGAGGCAAGGUGGCAACCGAUCAUGAAACUGCUGGUCACUAUAUGGGUGAUCUUGACUGGAAGGGUGCAGUGGAAGAUAUUCGGGGCUGUGCUAAAUACUUGAAAAGCCAAGGUGUCAAGAAAGUGGGUGUUACAGGCUUCUGCAUGGGGGGUGCUUUAGCCAUGGCAUCAGCAGCUUUGGUCUCAGAAAUUGAUGCGUCGGCACCAUUCUAUGGGGUGCCUUCUAGCCAGCUGGUUGACGUCACCAAGAUUAAUGUGCCACUUCAGUGCCAUUUUGCAGAGAAAGAUGAUACAGUUGGGUUUGCAUCUCCUGCAGAGUGGAAACCUUUGAAGGCCAAGCUUGAAGGGUCACUGAAACAGUUGGAAUUUUAUGUCUACGAUGCAGGUCAUGCCUUCACCAACAAAUCAGGGCCCAAUUAUAAUGAGGAGCUUCACAAACUAGCAUUCUCUAGAAUGUUUGCAUUCUUUGAGAAACACUUGUCCUGA